AUGCAUGAGAAACUAAGAAACUUGAAUUUCAUUUCUCAACCACAAAGUCCCAAUUGUCUGCUCCCUCCUUACGGUGAAACCCAUUUUCAUCACCCUAAUGGAAGGUGCUCUAAUGGCAGACUCAUCAUUGAUUUCAUAGCUGAGGAUUUGGGACUUCCAUAUGUGAAACCUUACUUGGGUUUUAAGAAUGGUGGUGUGGAGGAAAGUGGGAGUGUUGAGGAUGGUGUGAAUUUUGCGGUGGCUGGAGUGACUGCUUUGGAUAGGAGUUUCUUUGAAGAGAAAGGGUUUGUUGUUGGUGGGACUGCGAAUUAUUCUCUCAUGGUUCAGAUUGAUGAGUUCAAGGAAAUGCUGCCUUCUAUAUGCAAUUCUUCUUCAAGAAAAAUUUAG